GCCGCCGGGGUGCGCCAUAACUGGGAACUACUCCGCGUGUGUGCUCACCGUGACGCCCGCACUGCGCUCCCAAAUACGUCUCCUUCCUUCUCCAGCACAUCAUAUCGGCACCGGUUCUUUUUCUUGUCCGUCACGAACGAAGCGUGUGUUUUGUCUAGCGUCCUUGAUACGGAUGCUUCGGUGUUUGCACCGUGUCGUGCCGGGUGUCGCGUCAACGGCGGUGGCGGCCGCUGCCCGUUGCACUUCGCACCCGCAUCUCCUCCUGCAGCAGCGCGGCGUCUUUGCGGAUAAAGUGCGCGCCGGCAUGGUCCUGCGUGUGGACAAGAAGGUAUUCCGUGUGGUGGCCAACACGCGCUCGCAGAAGGGCCAAAACGCUGCCUCCUUCAACAUCAAGCUGACGGAGGUCGGCACUGCGCGGAAGAAGGAGGUGACGGCGGGGCAGGGUCACGACUUCUCCGAGGUGCGGGCAGAGCGCAUCCGCCUGCUCUUUAGCGGCUUCGACGACGACGACUUCGCGUGCUUCGUCUUUCCUGAGCACAGCCCUGAUGCGGGCAAGGAAAUCAACAUCCCGGCCGACUCACUGCCGGAGGUGCAGCAAAAGUUUCUCGCGUGCGGGAUGCCGACGGAUGUGCUUCACAUUAUCCCCGAUGAGGACGUGCAAGACGACAAGGAGGUGUGGACGGAAAUCACAAUGCCGAGCAGCUACGUGUACACGGUGGAGAAGCUGACGUUGAAGGGGCUGUACAAGAUGGCCUCCUUCGUGGAGUGCGACGGCACGGUGAGCGUGAAUGAUCAGAUUCAGCUGGGUGACAAGGUCAAGCUUGUCAUCAAGCCCGACGGCACUGUGUCGUUUGGUGGCCGUGCCAGCGCGUAA